AAAUUUUUCAUUUUAUUUUUCGCGCAAGUGAAUUAAUUGUGCAGCGACGACAGUGACUUUAGUAUUUAAAUUUUUAAAAAAUAUAUAAAUAAAUAAAAUAUAUAUAUAAUAUGAUAUGCUCGUAGCCGAGGUUAUGGUCAAGAUAAACUGUCUGUCGAACGGAGGCUGGUGAUAAGCCGACGGAAUCCUCACCACACAAUUCAACGUUUAUAUUUUACAUGAGUACGCGAUUGACACUGGGCCAGAUCGGACGUGUCUCUUCAAAACAGUCGGAUUCACCUAUUUUAAUAAUAAAGAAAUAAAAAAAUCAUCAUUAUAUAAGUUUUAAAAAAAUUUUUUAAAAUGCUUACGUGGAUUGAAAAAAAUAGAUUUGAUUCAAUGAUGAAAAAAAGUAGAAAAAAGGAAUUUAAAAAGUGAGAGAAAAACUCUUUAUUAAAAAUACCAUAUAAACAAAUUUUUUUUUCAUUUAUUUUUUAUUAUUUUAAUUUUUAUCUAUAUUUAAAAUUUAUUUAUUUGAUAACAUAUGGUAUAAUUAUUAUCAUUAACGUUUUAAAAAAAUAUAAAUAAAUAAUUAACAAGUGAUUGUGUUGUUGAAAAAAAAAAAAGACAAAUAAUUAAAAAUCAAGUGAAAUUUUGUGUUGAAAAAAAUAAGAUAUAAUUGUUUAUUAAAAAAAAAACAAUAAUAUUAAUUAAAUAAAAAAACAAAAAAUCAAGACUGGAGCUGUAUUUGCCAUAUGCACCAUUGCCGGGAGGUCGUGGUAUCCUCCCGGCGGUGCAAAAUGGAGUAGGUGGUGGUGGAGGUGGUGGUGGUGGUAGUUGUAGACCAGUUUUACUUGGUGGUGUUGAUUUAUCAAUGUCAUCAUCAAUACAACAAUCAUCAAAUGGACAACAAAUACAUAAUUCUCAUCAUUCUGUUGGUGGUUUACCUUCAUUGACAUCUGGAUCUAUUAUUAUGCCAAGACCACCAUUACCAUCAUCAUUACCUCCAACAUUAUCACAACAACAACAACAACCACCAGCACCGCCACCACCGCCACUACCACUACCAUUACCACCACCAUCAUCAUCAUCAUCUUUAUCAUUAUCAUCUGUACCUGCAAAUAUUUCAAUACUUGGCAAUAAUAUACAGCCACCACCAUCACAUCGUCAUGACAACAAUGAUAUGUCUGAUGUACCACCAAAUUCUGAUGUUUUACUUGCACUACUUGCCAGAAAUAAAAACCUUGAGGCAUCAAUUCCAAAAUGUGGUGGAUGUCAAGAGGCAAUAUUAGAUAGAUAUGUGCUGAGGGUACUUGAAAGGUGUUGGCAUGCAAGAUGUCUAACAUGUCGUGAUUGUGGUGCACGUUUAACUGACAAAUGUUUUGCUCGAAAUGGUCAUGUUUUUUGCAAGGAUGAUUUUUUCAAACGUUUUGGAACAAAAUGUGCUGGCUGUGGCCAAGGAUUGGCCCCAUCACAGGUCGUUAGAAGAGCCCAAGAAUUAGUAUAUCAUCUAACAUGUUUUUCAUGUGCAUUAUGCUCACGACAACUUGAUACUGGUGAUGAAUUUUAUCUAAUGGAAGAUCGUAAACUUGUUUGUAAACCAGAUUAUGAAGCAAAAGCUAAAGAAAUGGCAGAUGGUGGUAGUAUUGAUGGUGAUCAACCAAAUAAAAGACCACGUACAACAAUAACAGCAAAACAAUUAGAAACAUUAAAACUUGCAUAUAAUAAUAGUCCAAAACCAGCAAGACAUGUUAGAGAACAAUUAUCACAAGAUACUGGUCUAGACAUGCGUGUUGUCCAAGUUUGGUUUCAAAACAGGAGAGCAAAGGAGAAGAGACUGAAAAAAGAUGCAGGAAGAACAAGAUGGUCACAAUAUUUCCGCAAUAUGAAAGGUUCUGGUGGACAUUCACCAAGACAUGAUAAACUUCUAGACAAAGAUGAGCUCAAGGUUGACCUUGAUUCCUCCUUUGGCCAUCAUGAUUUGAGUAAUGAUAGUUAUGGAACAGUUGUUAAUAUGGGCUUAGAAGGUGAUGGUUCAAGUCCUGGUGGUGGUGGUAUUGGCAAUGGUAUUGGUGGACCACCAAGAAGUUACCUUGGUGCAUCAACACCCCCUUAUUUAUCAACGUCCAGAUCACCGUCCUUACCACCACAAUUUCCAUAUCCAUCAGACAAUGGACUUUCUGUCUACACUACACUUGGUGGACCCGGUGGCAUGGUACCAGGACCAGCAUCAGACCUAAGCAAUGAAUCAAGUGGCGGUGGUGGAGGUGGAGGUGGUGGUGGCGGUUAUCCUGAUUUUCCACCAUCACCUGAUUCUUGGCUUGGUGCCACCUCAACAUCCUCAUCAUCAUCCACACUAUUCAACAUAACCCAUCCGAAAAAUUUAUCAAACAACGAGUAUCGUCUAGAAAAAAAAAUACUUAUAUUUAACGAAACAACGCCACAAUCAUCAAGAAAUUAUUAAUUAUUUCUCUAGAUGGUUAUCGACCGUCCCUAGACAACAAAAAUAAAAAAGAUAAACAAGAGAAAAAUAAGUUAAAUCGUUAUCUUGUUGAGCUAUAUUACGUAAAAAUAAUAAGCAUUAAUCACAUUGAUAUUAUAAUUAAUAUAAAUAUAUAAAUAGUAUAUAUAUUUAUGUACAAGUUCCUCGAUUUUAUGUUACAGUUAUUGUGAUUUUAAAAAUUAUUAUAUGUAAAAAACAAAAAUAAGGAACAACAGUUAGUCUUGAUAA